CAUUCAAAAAUUUAUCUACAAAUUGUUUUGUGACAAUGGUUGAAAUCCCCACAAUGUGACAGCACCCCCCCACUUUCUACUCUGGGUUCCCCAUGUCCAUCCGUCCGGUUCUCCUGUCCCUUCCUUCUCAGCUUGCUCUUGGGCAGGUGUUGCCCGUUUGGUCUGGUAUAUACUUGAUUGACCUAAGAAGCACGUUCCUCACCUGUGUUGGUGUCUGCUCUAUAGGCCUGUCUAACCUCUGGCGGAAAGGUGGACUUCGGGAGCGGCUUCAGUUCUGAGUCAGCAGGGUGUCCAGGGGCUGUAGUCUCGGAGGUUACUCCAGUCUCCGUCAGACCAGUCCCUCCUUGUGGUGCAUUUCUGGGCACCAUGGGCUCCGCAGUGUACCCAGAUGAACGAGGUGAUGGUGGAGUUGGCCAAAGAGCACCCUCAGGUCUCCUUCGUGAAGUUGGAAGCUGAAGCUGUUCCUGAAGUAUCUGAAAAAUAUGAAAUUAGUUCGGUUCCCACCUUUCUGUUUUUCAAGAAUUCUCAGAGGAUCGACCGAUUAGAUGGUGCACAUGCCCCAGAGCUGACCAAAAAAGUUCAGCGACACGCAUCCGGCAGCGCCUUCCCACCCAGCGCCAAGGAGCACCCGAAAGAGGACCUCAGCCUCCGUCUCAAGAAGUUAACCAACGCUGCCCCCUGCAUGUUGUUCAUGAAAGGAACGCCUCAGGAGCCGCGCUGUGGUUUCAGCAAGCAGAUGGUGGAAAUUCUUAACAAACAUAAUAUUCAGUUUAGCAGUUUUGACAUCUUCUCAGAUGAAGAGGUUCGUCAGGGGCUCAAAACCUAUUCCAACUGGCCCACCUACCCUCAGCUAUAUGUUUCUGGAGAGCUCGUAGGAGGGCUUGAUAUCAUUAAGGAGCUAGAAGCAUCUGAAGAGCUAGAUACGAUUUGCCCCAAAGCUCCCAAAUUAGAAGAAAGGCUCAAAGUAUUGACAAAUAAAGCUUCUGUGAUGCUCUUUAUGAAAGGAAACAAACAGGAAGCAAAGUGUGGAUUCAGCAAGCAAAUUCUGGAAAUCCUAAAUAGUACUGAUGUUGAAUACGAGACAUUUGACAUACUGGAGGAUGAAGAAGUGCGGCAAGGGUUAAAAGCGUACUCCAAUUGGCCAACGUACCCUCAGCUGUAUGUGAAAGGGGAGCUGGUUGGAGGGCUGGAUAUUGUUAAGGAGCUGAAAGAAAAUGGUGAAUUGCUGCCUAUACUGAGAGGAGAAAAUUAAUACACGUUAACCUUGGUGCCCAAGUAUUGCCAGAAGUACUGGAUUACAGUGGAGCAGUUCAUGAUUUAGUCCUCAGAAGUGGACUAGGAGUCGAAGGUGCUUCUUGUCGCUUUGUGUAGUUUACAAGGUUGUGCUAAAUGUAUGUUACAUUUUUUUCCACCAAAAAUAGAAUGCAAUAAACCUCUUCAAAUUCAAUUGAAA